AUGGCUGAAUCGCAUUUAUCUUAUGCAUGGAUCUUCAAUGAUAACCCUUUAUACAUCCAAGAGGACAACAGGCGGUUUGUAUCUCAAGAGACGGGAAACUUGUACAUUGCCAAAGUAGAACCAUCAGAUGUGGGCAACUACACUUGCUUCAUAACAAACAAGGAGGCCCAGAGAAGUGUUCAAGGACCACCCACUCCAUUAGUGCAGCGCACCGAUGUCCCUGAUAUUAGUUGGAGAAGGUUGGACGGAAGCCCAUUGCCAGGGAAGGUCAAGUACAGCAAAUCCCAAGCUAUCCUUGAAAUCCCGAACUUUCAACAAGAAGAUGAAGGCUUUUAUGAGUGCAUUGCAGGCAACCUUCGCGGAAGAAACCUUGCAAAGGGUCAACUCAUUUUUUAUGCUCCCCCAGAAUGGGAACAGAAAAUCCAAAAUACAUACCUCUCUAUCUAUGACAGCUUGUUGUGGGAAUGCAAAGCUAGUGGAAAGCCAAGCCCUUGGUACAUGUGGUUAAAAAAUGGUGAACGCCUCAACCCAGAGGAAUCUGUUGGGGAUCUGAUGAUAAGGAAUAUUCAGCUAAAUCAUUCAGGAAAAUACCUAUGCACAGUACAAACAACUCUAGAAAGUUUAUCUGCUGUGGCUGAUAUCAUUGUUAGAGGUCCACCAGGUCCUCCGGAGGAUGUGAAAGUCGAACACGUUUCCAGUACUACUUCUCAGCUAAGCUGGAGACCAGGCCCAGAUAAUAACAGUCCCAUUCAAAUAUUUACUAUUCAAACUCGGACACCAUUUUCUGUGGGUUGGCAGGCUGUUGCUACAGUUCCAGAAAUUCUCAAUGGUAAGACAUACAAUGCAACAGUGGUUGGCUUGAGUCCUUGGGUGGAAUACGAAUUUCGUGUGGUUGCUGGGAACAGCAUUGGGAUCGGAGAACCAAGUAAACCAUCAGAAUUGUUAAGAACUAAAGCAUCAGUGAUUGAUCACAUUCUGCCCAAGUCAAUUCCAGAAGAGCUACAGAAUGGAGAGGGAUUUGGAUAUAUCAUCAUGUUCCGGCCAGUCGGCUCGACAACCUGGACCAAGGAAAGAGUAGCAUCUGUGGAAUCAUCAAGGUUUGUUUACAGAAAUGAAAGCAUCAUCCCACUUUCUCCCUUUGAAGUCAAAGUGGGUGUGUAUAAUAAUGAAGGAGAAGGAUCCCUGAGUACUGUGUCCAUUGUCUACUCUGGGGAAGAUGAACCUCAACUGGCCCCAGGGGGAGUUUCUGUCCAGAGUUUUUCUGCUUCUGAAAUGGAGGUUUCAUGGAAUGCGAUUGCCUGGAAUAGAAACACUGGAAGAGUUCUGGGCUAUGAGGUAUUAUACUGGACAGAUGAUUCCAAAGAAUCCAUGAUUGGUAAAAUUCGAGUCAGUGGAAAUGUCACAACCAAAAACAUCACAGGGCUGAAAGCUAAUACCAUCUACUUUGCUUCUGUGAGAGCCUACAACACUGCUGGGACAGGGCCCUCAAGCCCCCCAGUCAAUGUCACCACCAAAAAAUCCCGAUAUUACAGUGGUACAAACGUUUUGGUUACAUAA